AUGGUCAACGCAACAAAUUCAGAAUUCAAGCAACUUAAGGUCGCUGUUAUUGGCGGCGGUCUAGGUGGAAUGGCAGCUGCUAUUGCGCUCCGUAGGGCUGGACAUAUUGUAUCGAUUUAUGAGCGACGUGAUUUCAGGCUUGAAGUCGGUGCGUCUAUAUCUUGUGCAGCCAACGGUGGAAAGUGGUUACGAGAAUGGGGCGUGGAUAUCGAUUCGGGUCGUCCCACUCAUCUAAUGAAGCUUGUAAUGCGAGACUGGGACACGGGCAAGAUUCUGAAUAAUUAUUCACUUGAAGAGUAUGAGGAGUCCUGGGGAAUCGUGACCUUAUUACAUGUUCCAUCGGUGAGCCGUGAAUGGUUCAAGAAGAACGCUAACGUUUGCAGAGUGGAUAUGCACGAAAUGUUGAUGCAGACUGCUACACAAGAAGAGGGUGAAGGUAUUCCAUGUUCAGUCGUCAUCGAUCAUAUUGCAACUGCUUGUGAUGCAGAGGCUGGAACUGUCACCUUCGCCAACGGAGAGACCAUAAGUGCCGAUCUCAUCAUUGGUGCAGAUGGUAUCCGGUCUGCUAUUCGAGGUUUGAUCGGUGUAACACCCGAUAUCAAGUCAGCAAAUCAGACAUGUUACCGAUGUAACGUUAGACGAGAAGAUAUCCAAAAGCUAGGUCUGAUGCCCGACUCGACUGAUCCCGCUAUCCAAUUCUGGGGAGGAUAUACCAAGGAAGGCUUGUCUCAAUAUUACAAGAUUGUCAUGAGUCCUUGUGCAGGUGAAGAAAUUGUUUCGUUCUAUUGCUUCAUGCCUACAGAAAUGACCAAUCAUACCAAAGAAGGUUUCCAAUUCGCCGAAGUCCCCGUUGAAGAGAUGAUCAAGGGCGAUUACUCUCGACUUGAUCCACAAUGUAUUGGAUUGUUGGAAAAUUCAGUUGAUCGUAUGCCUUGGAGGCUAUAUGUCCACCAGCCAUAUUCUCACUGGACCAGAGGUCGUGUAGGGGUUUUGGGGGAUGCAGCACAUCCAAUGAUGCCUCAUCAAUCUCAGGGCGCUUGUAUGGCUAUUGAGGAUGCAGCAGCUCUAGGUCUAAUCUUUUCAAAAAAUUACCAUUUCACUAGGGACGUUCGAAAAGGUCUCGAGUUAUACGAAGCUAUUCGCAAGCCCAGAGCAACUCGAGUCCAAGCAGCAUCUGCGCGCGCGACCGAAAAUUUGAAUGAGCGUAUAGGCUUCUCGUCACUCAGUGCUCCAGAGAAAGCUCUCGCAGCAUUGGAAAACAAGCUCACCGUUAACGAGAUGAAUGACUACAACAUGGCUACUCACGUCGCCAAGGAGGCACCGGCAUUCUCUUUGUAA